GCCGUCACUGUGCGGGUGGGGAUUCGCGCCAUCGAAAGAAAGGUGCUGCCCUUGGCCCAAGCUGGAUAGCACGAGUGAGAAACAAAGAACCGGAACCUACGGUGGAGUCGUCCGACCAAAACCCCGCUCGCAGUUUACCCUGGUAUCACGAUCCGGACCUCUAUACUGGCAGCAGAAACCGCAUUGAUAUUUCUUGUUCGCAUCGAAAGUGAAAUUGUCCGUUUCGAGCGGUUGGACGGUGGAGAGAAAGGGGGUAAAAUUCUCAUCGACUGCGGCUCCAGUGUGGAGGUCUCGGUGGGUUCAUUGUCUCCCUGAUCGCUGUAACCACUGGCUGGGGGACCUUUGUCGAGUUAUUACAUUGAGGAACCUUAGCGAAAAAUACAACCUUUGUAUGGCUUUCUUUUGAGUGCAUCGAGUAAUGGUAGUUAUAAAAAGAUAAUGUGAAACCUUCCAGCAAAGAAGUGUGCGAGUCCGAAGUGGCGCAAGCAGAUGUAAAUGGCAUGUUUUUUCGUGCAAAGGUGAAUAAAAGUGAAAAGAUACGGCACCAAAAAUAUGACCUAGUUGCAUAACAGGGAGCAAGUGGUAAAGCGUGAAGUGCUUUUUUGGGGGGUAUUUCGAUUGGCGGCCUCCUCCGGUUUGCAGCAGAAGAAAGACAAAACCCAGUUUCGGUUGUUAUGCUGUUUUAGUAGGGCCUUACCGUUUUUGCCGCUACUCGUGUAUCCGCGUUCGUAAUUUUGUAAGAAUAGCUCGUCAUGAAGAGCGAAGGAAUGGCGGGUCUUUCGCUGAAGCACCAUUGCAGUGAGAUCUCUCAGGCGAUAUGCUCGCGUAAUCAUGAUGUCAGCGGAAGACAGGAACGGGUUAUUUGCUGUCGACGACGAGGGAGCGUGGCUGGUUGCAUUUCUGUGCUUGUGUUAUUGUGUUUAGGGGUUAUACUGGCCGAAAGGACUCCUUCGCCUCGGCAGGAGCAGGAUAUCUUGAUACUGGAAGCGCUCGGUAAACGACAAACCUUCAGCAACAACAAUGUGGAUUAUGGACCAAAUUCUAUAAUGGAGCUGCUUGGGAGAAUGAUCCCACAGACGUGCCGCUACAAGGGCCGUAAGUUCGAGUGUGGCCUAUCGAUCUCGUGCGUGCUGGGAGGUGGCAAACCGAUCGAUCUCUGCUCCGGCGGUAUGAUCUGGUCCUGCUGCAUUGAUCGAGAUCUACAACCGGAUGUUGAUCCGGAACAGGGUGCCGUCCAUAAUGCCAGUGACAUAAUCAAUCUGUUUGACUUCUAUCCGUCAUCAUCAUCGUCUUCGUCAUCUUCAUCUACUUCACCGCACUCCGGUGGUCACUUGAAUCGUCCACCCCAGACGACACCGGCACAAACGCCGCUCUAUUCUAACCCCGGCAGCUACAAUCCGAAGCCGUCGUAUCACCAGCACUAUCCUGUUACCAGCACAACUCCACCCGAAUGGGGUUACGAUAGUAAUCAGCUGGGAAACGGUUUGAACACACCAUUUGGCCACCAUCAUCGUCCGCCGCAGCAUCAUUUCACUGGAGGAACGCUACACGAUGAAAGCGAGCAUGGUCCAACGGCCAGCGCUAUCUACAGCGAUCGACCGUUCAGUUUCGGAACGAGACCCACCACGGUGGGAUCGAUCUUCAGCGGCACCGGUAGUAGUGGUCCACUGGUACAGCGACCUUCUUCCAUCUACAGCUACCAGGGUUCCAACCUGCAUGAAGACGAUGGAUAUGGAAUCGAAAAUGGUUGCGGUGAGUUGUACACGAGAACCAACCGAAUAGUAGGUGGCCACUCAACCGGCUUCGGUUCGCAUCCGUGGCAGGCGGCCCUUAUCAAAACCGGAUUCCUGACGAAGAAACUGAGCUGCGGAGGAGCGCUGGUCUCCAAUCGUUGGGUCGUGACGGCUGCUCACUGUGUCGCUACGACUCCGAACAGCAAUCUGAAGGUGCGGCUUGGCGAGUGGGAUGUUCGGGAUCAGGAUGAACGGUUGAACCACGAAGAGUACGGCAUCGAGCGGAAGGAGGUUCACCCCAGCUAUUCGCCGAGUGAUUUUCGCAACGAUCUUGCAUUGGUAAAACUUGACCGCAAGGUGGUCUUUCGGCAGCACAUCCUUCCGGUUUGUCUCCCCCCGAAGCAAACUAAACUGGUCGGCAAGAUGGCCACAGUUGCGGGCUGGGGUCGAACGAGGCACGGCCAAAGUACAGUUCCUUCGGUUCUACAGGAAGUUGACGUUGAGGUGAUUCCGAACGAACGCUGUCAACGAUGGUUCCGAGCGGCUGGACGAAGGGAAACCAUCCACGAGGUGUUCUUGUGCGCCGGCUACAAGGAAGGUGGUCGCGACAGCUGCCAGGGAGACUCGGGAGGGCCGCUGACGCUAACGCUGGAUGGCAGAAAGACGCUGAUCGGGUUGGUGUCGUGGGGAAUCGGUUGCGGUCGGGAGCAUCUUCCCGGAGUGUACACAAAUAUUCAGAAAUUUGUGCCUUGGAUCGAGAAAGUGAUGGGCAAGGAGUUUGCCUAGUGCCGAACUGCCAUUUGACGUUUCGCAGGGGGUGCCGUGUACAUAGUCAAGUAGAAACGAGAACUAAACUAUUAGAAGUCUUAGGGUUAAGGUUCAUGAAUUUAGUUGCUAGUUGAUUGAUCUACAGUGACGAGAAUAUGUCGAUUCUCGCUAUUAUUGAAGCGAAUUCCCUAUUCCGAUAGUAGUGCAUGUUCUGGAAACAUUUCGGUUCAAAGACUUGAGCGCAGAACGAUAAUAAUUUAUUAGUAACUUAUUUUAAUUAGGUCGCUGGAUUCGUUCUAGCUCGUCUAGAUUCGCAUUGACUCUUACCAUAC